AACUACAUAAUACCCGUAAUAGUGUUUCGUGCUAGUUUCAGGGUCUGAAUUUUCAACUUUGAAUCUCGCAACAGAACAGAUAAUUAAGAAACAAAGAGAGUGAAGAUGGCGAGGAAAGUUGCAGUCCUGCCAAUUGUGGGGAUGGUAAUGGCAGAGUGUGCACAAGCUGGGCGGAUGAUAUUAGGCAAAGCAGCCAUGUCAAAUGGCAUGAGUAGUUUCGUCUUUGUCCUCUACUCUAAUGCCAUUGCCUGCCUCAUCCUCCUCCCUUCUUCUUUUCUCUUUCACAUGUUCUCUUCCCCAUCUCUCAGCACCCACGCCGUGAAGGAAUCAUGUACAUCUGACAUAACUCUGUUAUUCUUCUCUUUUAUUUGGCAGAUCACCAGAGAGGCCUCCACUCACCCUGUCAAUUGUCUCUGGAUUCUUCUUGCUUGGUCUUUUUGGUCUGCCCUAGUUUUUCGCAGUUGCUUGGGACAGAACUUUUGUUAUGCUGGCAUUAACCUCAGCUCUCCUACACUUGGCACUGCUAUGCUCAACCUUGUCCCUGGUCUUACCUUCAUACUUGCCAUUAUUUUCAGGAUGGAAAAUGUUGACUGGAAAAGUUACAGCACCCUAGCUAAAUCUAUGGGAACCAUAGUAUCAAUUGGAGGGGCAUUUAUUGUUACUUGCUACAAGGGUCCCCUACUUCUGAAGGCACUACCCUCUGUUGCAAGGUCAUCUCAUCAGGUUCUCUUGCAACAGUCAAAUUGGGUCCUUGGAGGAUUGCUCAUGGCAGUUGACUGUGCCACGGCUUCUUCAUGGCUUAUAGUACAGGCAUUGAUCCUUAAAAAGUACUCAGCAAAGUUGAUUGUGGUCUUUUUUCACUUCUUCUUUUCGACCAUAUUGUCUUCAAUAGUUUCUGUGGUCAUGGAAAGGGACCCCUCUGCUUGGAGCUUAAACUCUAAUAUAAGAUUGAUUGCUGUUCUCUUCUCGGUAUCAUGGUGUCUACACAAGACAGGUCCUGUGUUUGUUGCUAUAUUUGCACCCUUGGGGAUUGUCAUCGCAGCUGCAGCAAGUGUCAUCUGCUUUGGGGAUGCUCUGGAUCUUGGAAUUGUGAUUGGAGCUGCUAUAAUAGCCAUAGGAUUUUAUGCAGUGAUUUGGGGGAAGGCCCAAGAAGAGAUCAAGAAAGUUGAAGACAAGGAAAAUUGUGGCUCUGCCUCAUCCUCUCAAAAAGUCCCUUUUCUGCAAAAUAGAAGCAAUGAUUAUGCGUAGCAAGGUAAUAUCAGUGGAAAGGCACAGGAAAUUUAAACACGACACCCUCGAAACAAUCUGGUCUGUUCAAGAAGUUGAAGAAACAGUUCAGUUUGACAAGGAAAUAGUCUUUCUUGCUACUUCCUACAGCAUCUGAUUGUACCAGCUCAAGGAAAUGGACAGCCAUGGAGAGGGAGGUUGCAGUGGAGGGAUGGAAUAGGGUAAAAUAAAGCAAUUCCAUCAUUGAUUAAUCUUUAGGGAUGACAAAAUGCAUGGAAAAUCUUCAUGUCUUCGUUUAGGUCGCUUAGCAUUAGCAUGCAGAGCCUUGCCCUGAAGUGUCCUCUCAGUGGCAUUG